GGUUAGAUCUAUGCAGCGUUCCUAGUUGAAUUUUCUCACAAGAAUCAAUACCAUUGCGCCGGGCAUGCAUUAGUAGACUGUGCUGUUUAGGUUCCCACUUCCCAGCCACUUUCUCUGCUCUUGCUUUGCUCGAUCUGUUGUACUACUUGCUGCUGUUUGCUCUGGUAAGCUCCAUGCCGCACUGGCAUCAGGAGAUCAAGUGAUUGUUGCAAUUUCUUUCUUUCUAUUCUCUUGAGUUGAUAAACUUAUGCCUGGCUUUCCUGCAGCAUAUCGAUACAUUGUGUCCAUUACUGUUGGCCCGCAGAAGUUGUCCUGCAGAGUGUUGAGGCAGGAAGCAGUUGGUACUAACAUAUCGCUCUCCUUCUCCAGGCCUCAGUACUCUCAUCAGUUGACCUGUGUUCAGGUGUAAAGGCGUGUCCGCGUGGGAUAUCUACGGUUGUUCCUGGGUGAUUGACAGAAAAAUCCUGUGACCUAUUUCCGUGCAUUGAUUUCUCGAGGCAGCUCCAUUUCAUCCCCCUUGGUUUGAGCACGUUGAGAUCUUAAUGUAGCGAUGUGUUGAUCCUCAGAGCAAGAUGCACCUCCAGCAAGUUCGCAAGCCCCACGCUUAGUGCUUCGGCGGAUCUCCCUCCUCAAGUUGAUCUGAUGGCAUCUGUAUUAGAUCCUUUGGUUGGAUCAUGCAUCACAAAGUUGCAAAAAAUCAUUGCAGAGAAGGCAGUGCUAAUUCUUGGUGUAAAAGAAGAACUAAAGAAACUGCAAGGAACAAUGAAACAAAUACGAUGCUUUCUUGAUGAUGCUGAGCAAAGGAGGAUAAAGGAGUCAGCAGUUAACAAUUGGCUUAGUGAGCUAAGAGAUGCUAUGUACGAUGCUGAUGACAUUGUUGACUCAGCUAGAUUCGAAGGAAGCAAGUUACUGAAAGAUCGCAAAUCAUCAUCAUCAAAAAACUCAACUGCAGGUUGUGGCAUUUCGUUGUUAUCUUGCUUUCCUGUUAUUCAGAGGCGUCAUGAAAUUGCUGUUAAGAUCAGAGACCUGAACGACAGAGUAGAGCAGCUCUCAAAGCAUGGAAAUAGCUUUCUACAUCUUGGUGCCGGACCUACUGGCCAAGGUUCAACAUCAAAAGUGAGAGAAAGUUCCAAGCUUGUACAACCCAACCUUGUGGGAAAGGAGAUUAUGCAUUCCAGCAAGAAAUUGGUGGAUAUGGUACUUGCAGGCAAGGAACGUAAGGAUUAUAAGAUCGCUAUUGUUGGAACUGGAGGAGUUGGUAAGACAACAUUAGCUCAGAAAAUAUACAAUGAUCAAAAAGUAAAAGCAGAAUUUAAGAAACAAGCAUGGGUUUGUGUUUCUCAAGAGUGUAAUGAAGUUAAUCUUUUAAAGGAGAUUCUCCGCAAUAUUGGAGUGUAUCAAGAUCAAGGUGAAACCAUAGCUGAACUCCAGAACAAGAUUGCAGAAACAAUUGAGGGCAAGAGUUUCUUUCUUGUCCUAGAUGAUGUGUGGAAGUCUAGUGUGAUUGAUCUAUUAGAGGCCCCAAUUGAUUUUGCAGCUUCAUCAAUAAUUUUGGUAACCACACGAGAUGAUAGAAUCGCAAUGGAUAUCCAUGCAGCGCAUACCCAUCGAGUUAACCUUAUGUCAGAAGAGGUGGGGUGGGAGCUACUUUGGAAGAGCAUGAGCAUAAUUGAAGAGAAAGAAGUGCAGAAUCUGAGAAACACGGGCAUUGAGAUUAUUAAAAAAUGUGGUUACCUCCCCCUAGCAAUCAAGGUCAUAGCUCGUGUUUUGACAAGCAAAGAUCAAACAGAGAACGAGUGGAAAAAGAUUUUGAGCAAAAUCAGUGCUUGGUCUGAGAGCAAACUUCACGAUGAUAUAGGAGGAGCUUUAUAUCUGAGCUAUAAUGAGUUACCACAUCAUCUGAAGCAAUGUUUCCUUUAUUGUGCAUUGUAUCCUGAAGAUUCUACCAUCAAACGUGAUGAUCUUGUCAGGUUAUGGGUUGCUGAAGGCUUCAUAGAGGAGCAAGAAGGGCAACUACUAGAAGAAACAGGAGAGGAGUACUACUAUGAGCUAAUCCAUAGGAAUCUCCUCCAACCAGAUGGUUCAACUUUUGACCAUACUAGCUGCAAAAUGCAUGACCUCUUAAGGCAGCUUGCUUGCUACUUAUCAAGAGAUGAAUGUUUUAGUGGAGAUCCUGAAUCAUUAGAGGCUCAAAGCAUGACCAAACUACGGCGCAUUUCAGCUGUCACCAAGAAGGAUAUGUUAGUGUUUCCUACCAUGGACAAGGAACAUCUUAAAGUGAGGACUUUACUUGGAAUGUUCUAUGGGGUCUCUCAAGGAGUUGAUCAUUCACUUUUCAAGAAGCUUUUGCUUCUUCGUGUUUUGGAUCUGACUGGUUCGUCCAUUCAAACAAUUCCAGAUUGCAUUGCAAAUUUAAUCCAUCUACGGUUGCUUGACCUCAAUGGUACAGAAAUAUCCUGUCUUCCAGAGGUCAUGGGCUCUCUCAUAAACCUUCAGAUAUUGAACUUGCAAAGGUGUGAUGCUCUACACAAUCUUCCUUCGUCAAUCACUCAGUUGUGCAACUUAAGGCGGCUUGGUCUGGAAGAUACACCGAUAAAUCAGGUUCCAGAAGGGAUAGGUAGAUUGACAUUCCUCAAUGAUUUGGAAGGAUUUCCAAUUGGUGGUGGAAGUGAUAUUGGUAAAACACAAGAUGGAUGGAAGUUGGAAGAGUUGGGGCAUCUGUUGCAACUAAGGAGGCUUCAUAUGAUCAAAUUGGAAAGAGCAUCACCACCUACUACAGAUUCAUUGUUAGUAGACAAAAAAUAUCUGAAACUUUUGAGUCUAAACUGCACAAAACAUCCGGUUGAAUCUUAUUCAGAAGGAGAUGUUGGCAAUAUUGAGAAGAUCUUUGAGCAGCUUAUCCCUCCACACAACCUGGAAGAUCUUAUUAUUGCUGAUUUCUUUGGUCGAAGGUUCCCCACCUGGCUUGGUACCACCCAUUUAGUCUCAGUAAAACACUUGAUCCUCAUAGACUGCAAUUCCUGUGUGCAUCUUCCCCCACUCUGGCAACUACCAAACCUAAAAUACCUAAGAAUUGACGGAGCAGCAGCGGUUACCAAGAUUGGGCCUGAAUUCGUGGGCUGCAGGGGGGAUAAUCCCAGAUCCACGGUGGCAGCUGCUUUCCCCAAACUUGAAACGUUGGUCAUCGAGGAUAUGCCCAACUGGGAGGAGUGGUCCUUUGUUGAAGAAGGAGAUGCAGCGGCAGCAUCUAUGGAAGGGGAAGAGGACGGAUCUGCUGAGAUUCGAAAAGGGGAAGCCCCGUCUCCAAGGGUGCAGGUGCUGCCACGCUUGAAGAGGUUGCGACUUGAUGGCUGCCCCAAGCUGAGAGCUCUCCCACGACAGCUUGGACAGGAGGCCACCUGCUUGGAAGAGCUCGGAUUGAGAGGAGCAAGCAGCUUGAAGGUGGUGGAGGACCUGCCUUUCCUCUCUGAGGCGCUUAUUUGUGGAUGUGAUGGCCUGGAGAGAGUCUCGAACCUUCCAGUAUUAAGGGAACUGUAUGCGCAGGACUGCCCACACUUAAGGUGUGUCGACGGAUUGGGUAAUUUGCAGCAGCUGUGGUUGGAUGAUGAUAUGCAGGAGGUGUCUAAACUCUGGGUGCCGGGGCUUCAGCAAAUUCGUGGUGAAGACCUAGAUGUCUACACAUGGUAGAGUAUACCCCAUUAGAUGCCAACACAGACAUGUACAAGGUUGCUAAUUCAGAAGGCUUGUGGAACUGUAACUAGGUCAAGAACCCACUGGUGCAGUACGAUGUGAUAUUCUUCUGGGAGGAAACAAAAAAAAUCAGACAAAAAAAAAGGAGAAAAUUAAAAAUAUGAAAAAGGAAAAAAAAAAGAGAAAACAAAAUUCAAAGAAGAAGAAGAGAAAAACGAAAAUCAGGCCUACAAAAAGAGAUUGAAGAUUCCUUUUAAUUUCUUGUAAUAUUUGGUUAUCUUUGUGAAAACACUUUGGACUUUUGUUUGUAUUUCAUUGAUAGGGUAGGUAACUCCGCCUAUGUGACAACAAGUGUAAUAUGUUACAUAGCCGGUCCCAAGCCCGGAGAAAGGAGGAGGGACCAAACGCACAUGUCAACAAUCGACACAAACGGUGAAGCCCCUCAACAUUCUUAAAGAUGUCCAUUAAUUUAGCAUCUUCUCGCA